AUGUUUAAGAAAGAAGGCAAUUUUGAAAAAGACAAAAUAUACUCUACACAGAGCUUCACUAACUUCAAAAACAGUAGCAGAACAGGGUCUCUUCUCCUUGUUUCCAAAAAGUGCAAGACUUUUGUUUUAGAAGUCUACAGAAACAAGAAAAAUAAAUUAACAACAAACUUUUUAACAAAAAAACAACUAGCAAUAACUGAAACUAUUUCUUUUUCUAAAGAGCAUAUUAUGAUAACAAAAACUAGCCAAGAAGUCUUAUCUAACUCUAUGCAAGAUAACUUUCUAAACAACAUUAGCUAG